GUGCAUCAGGAUGAAGUCCAACGUCAUGCAACUGUUCUUCUCCUGCUGGGCUAUCACAAUGUUUAGCUUUGCCAUUGCCGCAUGGCAGGAGAACGUCAGGCCGAAGAUGUACGUCCAACUUGGUGCGGAGGAUGUGUUCAGAUUCACUGGAAACGAAACCCACACGGACUACUUCCGGCUGAUGCUGAGGGAUGGAAACUAUCUUCUCAUUGGUGGAAGAAAUUUGGUGCACAAUCUCAGUUUAACUGACUUAACCGAGCAACAGAGAUUAACCUGGUACUCGUCCGAGAAAGACAUUAAAAUGUGCGCUCUAAAGGGAAAGGAGGAUGAAAUAUGCCAAAAUUAUAUGAGAAUAAUGGCUAAAACAGGAUCAUCAAAUUUACUAAUCUGCGCGACAAAUGCAUUUAAGCCAAUGUGCAGAGAUUACGUUGUGCAGAGUGGAAAUUACACGAUGGCAAGUGAAAAGUCAGGGCAAGCCCUGUGCCCCUAUGACCCACAGCAGAACAGCACAUUUGUUCAUGUCGAUGGUGAACUCUAUACGGGCACUGUCGCUGAUUUUUCGGGAAUGGACCCGAUUAUAUACAGAGAGCCACUGCAAACUGAACAAUAUGACUCCAUGAGUCUGAACGCACCAAAUUUCGUCAGUUCAAUGACCCAGGGGGAUUUCGUAUAUUUUUUCUUCCGAGAAACAGCAGUUGAAUAUAUCAACUGUGGAAAGGCUGUUUUCUCUCGUGUUGCGAGAGUCUGUAAAUACGACCGAGGUGGUCCACAUCGUUUUCGCAACAGAUGGACCUCCUUCUUGAAGUCACGAUUAAAUUGCUCUGUCACCGGUGAUUUCCCGUUCUAUUUCAAUGAAAUACAAUCGACAACAGACUUGAUAUCUGGUCAAUACGGAACAAUGUCUGCUCAACUUAUAUACGGUACAUUCACAACACCAGUCAACAGUAUCAGUGGUUCAGCCGUAUGUGCAUUCUCGUUGCAAGAUAUUUCCGACACAUUUGAGGGCAAUUUCAAAGAGCAAAGUGCGAUUAAUUCAAACUGGCUACCAGUACAGAGUGCCAAAGUACCAGAUCCACGUCCUGGUCAGUGUGUCAAUGACUCCAGGACAUUGCCUGAUUUAACACUCAAUUUCAUUAAGACGCAUUCAUUGAUGGAUGAGUCGGUGCCAAGUUUUUUUGGCCAGCCCAUUGUUAUUCGCACAAGUUUUCAUUACAGAUUUACCCAAAUAGCAGUGGAUCCUCAGGUGAAAACGCCUGGUGGUAAGACCUACGACGUCCUCUUCAUCGGGACUGACAAUGGAAAAGUGAUAAAAGCAGUGAAUGCCGAUUCAGCUGAUUCUCACGAACGCGUGAGUCCAGUUGUGAUAGAGGAGAUUCAGGCAUUUCCAGCAUCAGUUCCAGUUCGUGGAAUAAAAGUUGUGAGGGCAUCGCAGGCAGGCGAUGGUCUGGAGGACGGUAGGCUCGUGGUUAUAGCCGACAGUCAGGUCCAAGCAUUGAGACUUCAUCGGUGUUACAGCGAUAGAAUACUGUCGUGCGGUGAGUGCGUAGCUCUUCAGGAUCCUUACUGCGCUUGGGACAAGGAGGAGGGCAAGUGCAGAGCCCUCGUGGGUCCAGCAUCGACCGAUGCUUUGAGAUUUCUCCAGAGUGUUGCCACUGGUAUUCAUUCAUCGUGUCCUCCAAGUAAAACAUUGAAUAAGGAUGCUGGAUCAGUGGGCGCUAUAUCUGCUAAUCAGAAUAAGUUUCCACAGGACUCUAUGAUAUCGAAUAAGGAGAGUCAGGGGGGAGAGAUUAUCAAUAUUAUGCAGGAUGAGGAGCAGAAUAAUUCAGGCCCUGAAGUGUCUGCUGCAGAUUCUCCAGUGCCUCACUAUUCCGUUGAGACACUAGUGAUGGCUGUUGUUGCUGGUGCACUUGCUGCACUCCUCGUUGGCUUCAUUGCUGGAUAUUUGUGUGGUAGAAAAUGUCGGAAGGAUGAAGACGACAAUCUACCUUAUCCAGACACGGAGUAUGAGUACUUUGAGCAACGACAGAAUGUUAAUAGUAGAUUAGCACCAGAGCCAAAACUCCUUCCCCAGGAGGAAGUGACGUACGCAGAGCCAGUCCUUGUUCCCCAGCCCCCAAAGCUCCACUCCCCAAAAGGAACAAUGAGAAAGCCCCCACCAACACCCGCUGAAACACUAUUUCAAUUUCCCGAUGGUUACGGCUAUCGUGGUCCGAGAGAUAAUUUUGGCACACUGAGAUCCCACCAGGGUGAUGCAUACAGACGUAACGAUGGUUUUGCAACAACACGAAGUGUCAAAAAAGUUUAUCUCUGAGAAACGAGUGAGGAGGGAGGGGGCCGUCAUCGUAGCUUAGGACGGCCAACGAGAAAUCGUCACAAUCCGACAUCAAAUAGAAGUCGUGGUGUGACGUCAGGAGGACAAUCGAGUAGAGAGUUGACUGGACAGAGAACACUCGAGUCACCCUCACCACCCUCCAGUGUCUCGUCGAGUUCACCAUCGCCUCCCUCCUCAACACCAUCACCACCACCAACAUUGUUACCAAUACCGAUUAAUGAUGGCUCACCACCACCACCAACACCACCAUGUAGCUUCAUCUAUCGUUCAUAGUCCUCGUCGAGGGCGCAGAGUGACGUUGUAAGAUCCGUUAGUGGGAACACAAGGCAUAUAUAGAUCCCACCGGGAGACGUACAGUUUUUAUUACAUUGAUUGAUCAAUUAGUUGCAUCAUUUUUUGGAGAUACCGUCAAUACGUGGAUACAAGGUACUCGCUUUGACAUUGUAGCCGAGAAUUGCAACAUUGUUACGCUAUUGGGGGACGUUCGUCAAUUUGUGGUGAGAUUUUGAGGAUUUUUUUCGCAGGAUUUUUAGUUAUUAGUUUGGGGAUUACUCAGUUUUGCUAUUUACAUUUUACGCAAAAUGGUCAUUCUUUUGAAGUUUGUUUUGGGGUUAAAUGUCAAUUGAUUUAUUUUAAAAAAUGACAAAUGUGUCAUGGAAAUUUUAGUCAUUUAUAUUUAACACAAAGUUAUCAUUCUUUUGAAAUUUCAAAGGAUAAUAAUGUUGUGGGAAAUGUAAAAUGUCAAAUGGGUAAUUGAUAUUUCAUUCAAUUUAAAUUUUACCCAUUAAUUUGGUAUCCCCUCCCCGGAAUGUUAUCACGUGAGAUUAAUUUAUUUAAAUUAUUUUUAAAAUCGGGAAAAUUAGUGUACAUUUCUCAAAGUUGUUUAAUUGCCAAAAUUGUCAUUCUUUUAAUCUUUAAAAAAAUGAUAAUUUUGUCAAGAAUGUCAAAUGUACAAAAUGAAAAAAUUCUCACGCAAUUAAUGAACACCCCCUGGAUGGAACGCAUGUUUGAGCAAGUGCUUAUUGUAAAUUUCACGCAUUUUUUUAAUCAUUUUUAUAUUACAAUUUGUAAUAAUUCGAUAAUUGACAUUGAGGACCUUGGGGAUUCCCAGGAUGUUCCCAAUCACAGGGGGGACUGUUUUUUCUAUCCAAUAUCAAUAUGCAAGCUCUGUUUUUUCAAUGGCAUUUCUACCCCAUCCACAAUCGCUUGUUGACUGAAUCGGUUUACGAUCGAAAUUUCACGAGGAUAACAUUUGCUGUUUGUUUAACCCAAAUUUCACAACCCUGAGGGGUUAUCCCAUUGAGAGACAUUCGAUUGGGCAUUCGCGUUAUGCCAGGGAGGAAUUUUUUUCACAGUACUCCAGUGGCUGUUUGAUUUUCAGAGAUUUAUAUAAUGUUUCUUUUUUGAUUAAUUAAAAAUUUAAAAAAAGACUCAAUGACCAAUUGAAUCCUCUUGUGGGGAAAUAUCGCAGGGAUUAAACUCCUCGAUCUCCACGUUUUUAUUACUUUUAUGAAAUAUUUUUCAAUGGUAAAACCCACACGGAGAUCAGCCAAAGUGUUAAGUUGGAUAGGAGGACAAGUCAAUUAACCAUGGGGAUAUUAAUCGAUAAAUUAUACCACUUUUACAUCACAAAAAUCAUAACGAGCAUUUGAAAUUUUCUAGAACUAGUCGUUUUACCCUUAUUUUCCUCAACGAUAUUGAGACAACUCAGUAACUAGGGAAAAUAUUAUUAUAAAUAAUAUAAAUCUCGAUACAUACCAAAUACGUAGCAAACAAAUCGAUCUGAUUUUUAAAAAAAUUUUUUAAUAGUACUAUUAAUAAUUUCAUUACUUUAAUUUCCAUAAAAUCGUGGAGAUCUUUACAUCUACGAAUGCUUCAUAAUUUUAAUGUAUAAUUAACAUAAUGAGACGUUACUAUUUGUUAGUAAUUAAAUUAAUGAAACGGAGACACGUUACGGUAGAUGACAGACAUCACAUUGUUGAUAAAAAAAAAAAAGUGGAUGAAGAAUAACCCAACGGUUGAAUUUUAGUUUAUACUCACACAUAUACGUAAUAGAUGACAAGAAAGAAUAAUUUUUAAAAGAAACUGAUAAAUGAAGUGAGAAAUUGGAGGGGAAAGAGAGGGGGGAAAAAAAUUGUGUGAACGAGAAUGAAUAAUGCACAGGGCUUGUAUGUACAUAUGUAUCGUAUUUAAACACAUUAUACACCAGUUAAUAAUUAGUAAUGAUUGAAGAUAAUGAAUUGAUAAUGAAUAAUAGAUCAAUCCAUCUCUAAACUGGGAGGCCCCAAAUGACAUUUGUGUAGAGAGAAAAAAAAAAGAAAGAAAAAUCUAUUCUUAAAGUGCUUCUUAUUUCAGUGUGUUUAGAAGUAACGCGUAUGUGAUAUAUUCUAUAUGACGAAAAAAAAAAAAAAUGUUUUCUAGACAGUGAAUAAGGACGAAAAAAGAACAAAAAAUGAUAAUGAACAAAAUCAAUGGGGAUUUAUUCUGGAGAUGAUAAUAAAACACAACGCGAUGACAAGCUCUUUUGUUCACAAAUCUGUACUGUAUCUUCGGCUUAUGGAAAAAGAAAAUAAUAAUACACGAGUUAUUGAUUCGAUUCAGCGACAUCACCUUUCAAUAUUUCUGGAUGAAAUGGAAAGGAUUUUAAAUCAAUGAAUAAUCAUGUGUGUAUGGAGAAAAAAUUUAUAAAUAAUGAAACAUAGAUUCAUGAAAGAAUCACCAAGAGUGCCACAUUAAAUGUGAAUUUUAAAAACGUUGAAAGAAGUAAAUAAUUACAGCAAAACAAUUUUUUCUCGAUAGAAGUUAUUGGUCGAGGUAGCUUUGAAAGUUCUCUGAUAAUUGAAAUAUUGUCAAUCAUAGAGUUAUUGUAAAUGUCCCCGAAGCAUUGAUAGUUGAGGAAAAAAAAAGAAAAUUUUUAUUGCAAUUGAUUUGAUUAACAAUGAACGAGGAGAAAAAUUUUGUGAGCAAUAGAACUUGAAUUACGCCUUGACUGACCCACAGACACUGAAACACAUGCCACAUGCAGUCGUUUUGUCCUGUUUGAGAGGAUUAAAAUGUUGAAUUGAUGAUUUUAAUAUGAUUUUAACGAUAUUAAUUGAUAAGUAGAGUUCAAUGGACGAUAAAAUGUGUGAAAGAUCAAUGAUUAAUGAGACAAAGACUCACCAAUAAAGAUCUCCCUCAAAUAUUAAGACUGAAAGACCCUCUUACCAGGUGAGCCUUUGGUUAAAUGACAUUUUUAUUAUUCAUUCCGAGGAUUGAUUUUUUGUCGGCGCCCAUCGUGAUUAUUUUUUCUCAUUUUUUUUUUAAAGAAAAAUUCUUUACUUACCUCAUAGUACAAAUUUUUAUAUUGUUAGUUAUUAUUAAGUUCGGUACACGUUUGACGGAAGUAAUGGAAAUGGGCUGAUGAGAAUUGACGUAAUUAUUCGGGAAAAUUUUUGACAGAAGUCGGAAGGGACGAGACAACGUACAGUGAGACGUAUCGUUGACAGGGUUGAACAUCACUGAUAUGUGGAAAAUGGAAAUGGCAGUGUGAAUUUUGUAUAAAAAUGGACAUUGAAGUGCUCUCGAGUCAGUCUCAUGUAAUUCGUAUACGAAAAGAAUUCAGAUAAUUAAAGAGCCGAUCGAUGCAUAUGUGAAAAUAAAUGCCAAUACCGGAAUUGUUGAGGAGUAUGAUUUUUAUUAUCUCAAUUCAACGACUAAUUCAAUUUUAUGGAUUUUUAUAUCACGAUUAUUGACGUCGUUAUUGUAGUUGGUAAACUUUUUGAGGUGCGAAACGAGUGGUGAAAUGAGAUGAAUUAAUUUUCAGGCUUGAUUUUUGUUUAGAGUACUUGGAAAAUGAAAAGGUCUGGGCGGAAUAAUUUGUUAAUUCACUCGUUUCACCGAUUCGCAUCGAUGAAAUUUGAAAAUAUCACACAAUGCUGCCACAAUUUUCAAUUAAAAUCAUCACAACUCCUGAUGCAUCUUAACAAUACAUCAAAAAUGAUCAUUAUCAUACCGAUAAAAAUCCCAGCAAUCCAUUAAAAAUCUAAUCAUGAUUUCAUUCUCGUUUUUAAUCGAUUAUCUCAAUGAAUGACUCAGGCAUAAUACCAAAGAUAUUUAAUUGUAAAAAAAGGGGGAAUAAGGCACUGUUGGUCAUUGUGAUGGUUAUCGUUAGAGUCGCACAAAUGAUAGUUAAUGAACAAAAGAUAACGAGUGGUAUUAAUUUUCUCAGCUAAACUCAUUUGCACAAAUGAAUUAUUUCUAAUCAGUGAUCGAUACACAAUUGAGAGUUUUUUAAAAUACUGGCACAAUUACAAUUAAUUCAAAGAAUAAUCCGUUCUACUGAUAAGAUUUCUAUCAAUCAUGUUGAUG